GUGUGCUGUGACUUGCAUCAAAUCUGUGUUGCGUGUGAUCGGUAAAUCCUGCAUAAAUACCGGAGCCUUGCAUCAAAAUACGCGGGUUAUCAAACACCAUCAUGGCAGACUCAGGAGCAGGGAACUGGUGCUUGAUUGAAAGUGACCCAGGGGUCUUCACUGAGCUCCUGCGAGAAUUUGGUGUUACUGGUGCCCAAGUGGAAGAGGUUUGGAGCAUGGAUGAUGAAAUGUUUACAAAAUUGAGGCCUGUUCAUGGGCUAGUCUUCCUCUUCAAGUGGGUACCAGACUCGUCGACAGCUGGCACCCCUGUCCAGGACAGCAGGCUCGAGCGCAUUUUCUUCGCCAAACAGGUGAUCAACAACGCGUGCGCCACCCAGGCCAUCCUCAGCGUGCUGAUGAACACGGACCACCCGGACGUGCGGCUGGGCAGCAACCUGACCGAGCUGCGCGAGUUCACGCAGAGCUUCGACCCGGCCACGCGCGGCCUGGCGCUCAGCAACUCUGACGUCAUCCGCACGGUGCACAACUCGUUCGCCAGGCAGACACUGUUCGAGCUGGACAACAAGUCGGCGACCAAGGACGACGAGGUGUACCACUUCGUGAGCUACGUGCCGGUGGACGGCCGGCUGUACGAGCUGGACGGCUUGAAGGAGGCACCUCUGGACCACGGGCCGCUGCCGGCCGACACGGACUGGACCCAGGCCGCCCGACCCAUCAUCGAGAAACGCAUGCAGAAGUACAGCGAAGGUGAGAUCAGGUUCAACCUGAUGGCCAUCAUCUCGGACCGGCGCGCCCUCUACCAGAAACAGCUGCGCCAGCUGCAGGCCGGCGCUCAGGAGGCGGGAAUGGAUACGGACUCGGCACAGUCAGAGAUGGCCCGGCUGCAGAUGCUCAUCUCCGAGGAAGAGAAGAAGAUGGAGACCUACCGGACGGAAAACAUACGCCGCAAGCACAACUACAUCCCGUUCAUUAUGGAGCUACUCAAGAUCUUGGCGAAAGAAGGCAAGCUGGUGCAGCUGUACGAGCAGGCCAGGGAGCGUUCGGAGAAGCUGAACCAGGCGCGCAAGAAGCAGAAGACCAAGUAGCUGGGCUGCGCCGGCACCUGUACCUCAGCGCUAGUUAUUAGUUUGAUUUGACAUUGCCGAAUUUUGUCAAAUAAUAAAAUUGCUUCGGUGUUGAAUCUGCGUUGCCUGUGCGAGCAAGGAACGUUGGGUCAGAAUGGAUCGUCAUUUUAUGACAAUUCCAAACACUGGCUAUUUGUCCACGACCAACACCUGCGACAGGCAAUGGUUCGUCGCCGGAUGACCAACUUCUCUCCUGUUUUGACAAGGA